CUUGUUAGCAUGGGCUCAGUAGUUUUUACACUACAAAACAGAAAUAAAUAAAUCCAUUAGGUUGGCAGUAGUUUAUGUGUGGGUUUGACGAGGCUGGCCAGUUCUCCUGUCUGUCUUCCUGAUUUGGUUUGUUCCAAUUCCUGAUGGUAAGUUUCCAAGGCGCAGAGUGCAGACUCCAGAAGAGGAGAAAGGCUGAGCCCCCUAAUCUCCAUAGUUGAAAGCUGAAAAACAGGCCUUGUCAGAAUCCCUUUAUUUUGAUUCAAAUUCCAUCAAUUAGGUCUUUUUCAUCUACUUAAAUCAUGGAGGAUGGAAAUGGGAAUGGUCCUUGCAAAAGUUUAGCCGUACAAAAAGAUGUUUAUCAAGGGAUCGAUAAUGACAUUAAAAAGAAUUCUACAGACCAGAGAGACGCUCUGUUGGAGGAACCUAAAUGUGUUAUUUGUGGGCGCUAUGGUGAGUAUAUAUGUGAUGAGACAGAUGAUGAUAUAUGUAGCUUGGAAUGUAAACAAACUCUACUAUUCAGGGUUGCUAACUCCGUGGUGCCAGUUGGCCCCUCAUCUAUUCAAAGAUUACCUGCUACUGAUGAGUGCUUUUAUGUUAGAGAUUCUGUUGAUAAAUCAGGGUUUCCAUCUUUAACUUGUGAUCAAGCAGAAUUGCUUAGAAAGAAACUUGAAAUCUAUGUAAAAGGAGAUGUGAUUCCUGCUCCAGUAUUGGCAUUUUCUUCCUGUAGUCUUCCUCAGAAACUCCUACAAAAUAUGGAAACUGCAGGAUAUGGCAUGCCAACACCAGUCCAGAUGCAAGUAAUCCCAGCUGCCUUGAAUGGCAAAAGCCUGCUUGUUUCAGCUGACACGGGCUCAGGGAAAACUGCUUCCUUUCUGAUUCCUAUUAUUUCUGUUUGUGCAAAUUUUGUCCUUAACAACUUCUCAAAUCACAGAAAGCCAUUAGCAGUGGUUUUAACACCAACUAGGGAACUAUGUAUCCAAGUUGAGGACCAAGCCAAGACACUUGGAAAAGGUUUGCCAUUCAAAACUGCACUUGUGGUUGGUGGUGAUCCCAUGGCUAGACAACUCUAUCGAAUUCAGCAAGGAGUGGAACUAAUUGUUGGAACACCAGGCAGGCUUAUUGAUCUUUUAACAAAGCAUGAUAUUGAUCUAAAUGAUGUACAGAUAUUUGGUUUGGAUGAAGUAGACUGCAUGCUGCAAAGGGGCUUCCGGGACCAGGUGAUGCAGAUUUUUAGGGCUUUAUCAAAACCCCAGGUACUGAUGUAUUCUGCAACAAUUUCACAAGAUAUAGAAAAAAUAGCAAGUUCUAUGGCAACAGAUAUUAUUACUGUUUCUAUUGGCAAGCCUAACAGGCCAAGUAAGGCUGUGAAGCAGCUAGCUAUCUGGGUUGAGUCAAAGCAAAAAAAGCAAAAGCUUUUUGACAUAUUAAGGAGCAAACAUUUUACGCCACCUGUUGUGAUCUAUGUGGGUUCCAGAGCUGGGGCAGAUCUCCUAUCCAAUGCAAUUACCGUCACCACAGGAAUUAAAGCUUUGUCAAUACAUGGGGAGAAGUCCAUGAAGGAAAGGAGGGAGAUAUUGAGAUUGUUUUUAGUUGGAGAAGUUUCAGUAGUUGUGUCCACUGGAAUUUUGGGUCGUGGAAUUGAACUUUUAGGUGUGAGACAGGUCAUAGUGUUCGAUAUGCCCAGUUCCAUUAAGGAGUAUGUCCAUCAGAUUGGUAGGGCAUCUAGACUAGGGGAGGAGGGUAUGGCAAUUGUUUUCGUGAAUGAGGAGGAUAAGAAUUUGCUUCCAGAGUUGGUUGAUAUUUUAAAAUCUUCUGGAGCAGUUAUUCCUCGGGAACUUUUUAAUUCACGGUAUACAGUUGUUUCUUUUCCAUCAGGCAAGCGUUCUAAGAAAAGAAAGUAUGGUUGCUGAAGUUCUGCGCCUUUAUUUGUUGGCCUAAUUUUCAGUUGAGAACCUUGGAAGUAUUUAGUGGGGACCAACCAUCAUCACAGUUUGUCAAAGAAGCCAAAAAUGCAAAAACUUUUGUUUUGAACUAAUUGUGAGCAUCAUCUGUUAAAUUCUGUACGAGUAGGUUUGAUAGUUUGAAAUAGUUGAUAAAAUAUGCUCCUCAAGUGAGGACAGGUGUGUAACAGCACAUUGUUACUUCAACCCGAAUGAAUGGUAUUGCAUCAAGUUGGAUCUUGUUUGUGCAAUGCUAAACUAAGUGGUAUGUCUGUCGUCAGUUGAGUAACGUUCCGACAGAGGAUCAGUGAGAUUAAAAAUUGAAAAUCCAAACAAUAGGCAUUCGUAUGUUGUACUACUGACUGGUGCAAUGGCAUAGUCAUUGCUCCGUGUUUACUUAUUGUUACCAAUGGCGUGAAAUAAUUUACUUGCUGGAUCCUAUAUUUGAUCAUAGGCUUAAGUAUACAUGUGUGGUGGACUGGAAGGAAGGCAUGGGUUCUUUGUAGACAUAAUGUCCAUAGAAGGAAAGUUGUAGGCUUUUGAGAUCAUCGGGAUGUUCACCUGGUAUUUCCUUUCUUUUUUCUUUCGUUAUAUAUCUUUUAAUUUUUAAUUUUCUUUUUAUU